GGAAGGAGGCUUCGCCAUCCUGACUCUGGGACUGUUUGGUUCUAAGGCUCACACUGCCGUAAGCUCUGUUUUCUCCUCUCGCGGGGACGUCCGCAUUGAUAAAGUUAAAUCGGAAGCAAAAAAGCUAUGCAAAGACCUUAACCUCUCACGUGUUGUCGGUGGCAUCACAAAUAGUAAGCAUGACUUUCUAAAAGUGUUUUAACACGGAAGUACUCACAAGAGCAAUAUGCCUUUUAGGGUAAUUGUUGCAGAAUGUGAUAGAUGGCAAAAAUUGAUUGCUACAUUUUUGCAAGAACAGUUGAACCGGCUUGACGUUGAUGAUCCUUUCAUAGUAAAAAGUUCUGAUCAAGUCAUAGAUUUUGUGAAAACUUGUGUCGAUGAGCAUGUUUAUGGUUUUUCAGUCGACAUGACUGAUUUGUAUUAUUCUAUCCCCCUUAAUCAGUUGCUUCCUGCGGUUGAAGAGUGCAUAGAUUUGUUUGGCUCUGUUAGAUUUCAAACCGAGUGUGGUAUUCCUGUCAGUCGGUUUUUAGAACUUUUAUCAUUUUACCUCAAGUCGACCUACAUUUCAUGGGAUGACAAGCCUUUUAUUCAAAAGGACGGGAUCUGUAUCGGGUCUUGCAUAGCGCCCAUUUUAAGCGACAUAUUUUUAAGUAGAAUUGACAGAUCGAUUAACCUACAUCUUGAUAUUUUGAACAUAAAAAAAGUGUUCCAGUAUGUCGAUGACUAUCUUGUUUUGUUAACUAACGACACGGUAGCGGACGAGGCAGGUUUGGCAAAAAUAAUUUCACAAUUUUCUGAGUGUUUUAAACCCUUGACUCUCACACACGAACUGCCUGAGAGCAAUGCCAUAAAAUUCCUCGAUGUCCUCUUCACCUUUCAUCCUAACCGCAUAUGUUGGGCAUACCAACCACGUAUGAAUAAACCGGUCCUUCCUUACCAAUCAGCUCACUCCAAACUAGUGAAAAGAGGCAUCAUCAGUCAUUGUUUUCGUCAUGCUUUAAGCAAAUCUUGUGAGCACGAAAUCGCCAAUAGUUUUCAUAAUCAGUCAGACCGAUUGUUGAAAGCAGGUUAUCCUCUGCACGUUCAAACUUCAGUUGCAGAAGGCUUGCUUCGUAAUCGUACGCUUCGCAACCCAGGAUGUACAGCGAGUCAUGAUGCCGAGAAACCGAAGCACCUAGUCGUCAUACCAUACUAUCACAAGAUAUCGCACAACCUAAAGAAAUUAGCUAAGCGCUCUGAAGUUAGGGUUGUCUUUUCGGCUCCCAAGAAGUUGGUCAGCCUUUGUGGCCUUCAUGACCAUGACGGAAAACCCAAAGGUUGCAAUAAGAAGCAUCGAACUGUUCUUGUUCCCUGCAUCACUUGCGUUGUUUAUCGUAUCCCGCUUUCUUGUGGUAAAGAGUAUACAGACGGGCCGUUGCCUUAAUGAUCGUUUAAGAGAACAUUGUAAUAAUGUGAAAAAUGACCUGGGGAGUUGGCUGGCCAUUCAUUGUAAAUCCUGCGGCUGCGCACCGAUAUUCAAUGCAUGCACAGUUAUCAAGAGAAUGUUUGACAAGCUUACUAGAGGGAUUAUUGAGGCUGAGGCUAUCGCUUCACUGGGGUCUAAGUGUGUCAGCACUCCCUCGCUUACGCUCAGUGACAAAGAAUUGUAUUUUCUAAGAAAUUAAUUUUUGCGCGCAUCAUUUAUGUCAUGUGAUGUUAUUCUUUUGGAGAUAUAGGCGAGCGUGCGGUGGUAAUAAACAUUAUGUUGGAAGUUAG